AUGGCCAAGGAAAUCGAAUUAGGUAUCACCGCUGACAUGCACGUCCACUUACGUGAUGGUAAAAUGAUGGAGUUAAUUACACCUACUGUUAGAGAGGGGGGUAUAUCGAUAGCAUACGUUAUGCCGAACUUGGUUCCCCCAAUUACAACUAUCGAUAGGGUAGUUGAAUAUAAGCAAAACUUAGAAAAGUUGUCACCAAAGACCACAUUUUUGAUGUCAUUUUAUUUAUCGAAAGAGUUAAGUCCUGAAUUGAUUCUGGAUGCCGCCAAAAUAGGGGCCAUUCAUGGUGUCAAGUGCUACCCAGCUGGUGUUACUACCAAUUCUGCUGCUGGUGUCGAUCCCAACGACUUCACACCUUUCUACCCUAUUUUCAAAGCAUUGGAAGAGAAUAAUCUUGUUUUGAAUUUGCAUGGCGAAAAGCCACCAUCGAAGGAUGGCGAAGAGGAUAUCCAUGUCUUGAACGCCGAACCAAAGUUCUUACCAGCCUUAGAAAAAUUGCAUAAUGACUUCCCAAACUUGAAGAUCAUCUUGGAACAUUGUACAACAAAGGAUGCAAUCGACAUGAUUGAAAAAAUCAAUGCUGGUCACAAAGACGGUGAUGAUGUCAAGGUCGCUGCUACCAUCACUGCUCAUCAUUUAUCGCUUACAAUUGAUAACUGGGCUGGAAAUCCUAUCAACUUUUGUAAGCCAGUUGCUAAGUUGCCAGCUGACAAGCGUGCCUUAGUACAGGCUGCGACGUCUGCUAAACCAUACUUCUUCUUUGGAUCUGACUCUGCUCCUCAUCCUUUAUCCGCCAAGGCAAAACAUACGGGCGUAUGUGCCGGUGUCUACACCCAAUCGCAUGCUAUUGCUUACUUGGCAGAGGUCUUCGAAAGUCAGAAUAGAUUAGCCAACUUGAAGAAGUUUGUGAAUGACAACGGUAAAGGCUUCUACGGAAUUUGUGACCAAGAUGUUAAAUGCAAAGAUAAAUGCUACUUGGUACAGAAUGCCAACAAUGUCCCCGAAAUGUUUGGUAACAAGGAUAUUACUGUUGUUCCUUUCAAAGCUGGUGAAGAAUUAAAAUGGACAGUUGAAUGGAGAUGA